AUGGCGCGGAUCCUCUACCUUGCCCUUGGUGCUAUCCUCUCUGGCAUCUCGCCAGUCGAGGGAGCGUUCACUCUCUACAAUUCGACUUUCCUGGACGUUACUUUGGGCGAAGGCUGCAUCAGCGCCCUAUCGUCUAGCAUAAAGUGUCUCGACUACGUGAAGUUGUUCACACAGCCCACCUAUCGAGGCUCGCUGAACAAUGACACCUUGACGGACCUCAUCUGCGCCACCGGCUGCUCGGCUUCCCUGAAGAGCUGGUUCGAUUCCGUCGCGGUAAAUUGCGAGGGAAAGCUUCUGAAUAAUGCCCUCCCUACCAAAUUCGGAGGGUAUAUCUGGGCUGGGUUCAACGAGACCUGCCUGAAGGACCCGGUGACUGGCGACUAUUGCAAUGACAUCAUUGACGAAUUUAGCCUUGUGUCUGAUAUUACUGAGAUGCCACAAACAGAACUUUGUCACCCUUGCCAUAUCAAUCGCCUUGCGAUGAUGCAGUCCUCCCAGUACUCUACCUACGACGGUUUCUGGAAGGAGCAGCUCGAACAUGUCUAUGAACACUGUAGUGUAACUGGACCUACGGAGAUUCCUCCUCCGCUGCUACCUCCUCAGCCCGAGCCCGAGCCGUAUUGCUUGACCGGGCAAUGGUAUACUACCCAGGCCGGAAAUACAUGCGAAUCGAUCGCCAAUGCCACCAACGUGUCCGGCGCAUCGCUGUACAUGGGAAAUCAAGACCUCAUCAAAAACUGUUUAGAUAUCGACGCUGGGGUCGAGGUCUGCAUUCCGUUGACCUGCCAGACAUACUACGUGCAGCCUUCCGAUACUUGUGUCACUAUCGAGUUGGCAAAGGGUAUCGGACUCGGUUCGCUGAUGAAGUACAACUCAUGGAUCGACGCCGCAUGCACGAAUCUGCAACAAGCCACGGAAUUUUAUGGCAAAGUCAUCUGCCUCGGGCCAGCCGGCGGAGAGUGGACCGGCACCUCGCCAGAGACCCCAACCGGGCCUCAGCCCAACGAUGGAUACUCAGACGACGUUACGCCGCCUCCGGACGGUGCGGUCGUGGCGGACGGCACAACCCUCAACUGCGGAAAGUGGCACGUCGUCGGAGGCGAGGACUCGUGCCCUAGCAUCUGCCUAGAGGAGGGAAUUACUGCCGCCCUAUUCCGCAUGGUCAACCCCUCCCUCGACCCUGAGGACUGCACCGAGACUUUACAGGUGGGCACUGCGCUCUGCGUCGGCCCUACGUACAGAUGGAAUUCCACGGAGUCAACGGAGCUGAGCACUACGAUUACCCUCGACCCCACGGCCACCGAGACUAGCUCUUCAACAUCGAGCACAGCGCCUGCCGUCACCACGCCAACCCCCAUCCAGCCGGGCAUGGUCGAUAACUGCAACGCCUUCUAUUUUGUGACAUCUGGGCAGGGGUGCGCAGAGGUUGCCUCAAUCAACGGCAUCUCCCUUGCGGACUUCUACACCUGGAACCCGGCCGUGGGCUCGACGUGCGGAGGGCUCUGGGCUGAGGUAUAUGUCUGCGUCGGCGUCACGGGCACCACGCCAACCACACCCACGCCCACGCCCACGUCCCCGGGCAACGGGAUUUCGACUCCGACGCCGACGCUGCCCGGCAUGGUUGACAACUGCAACGUGUUCCACAAGGUUGUUUCCGGCGAUGGGUGUUGGGACCUCGCGAACUCGGCGGGAAUUAGCUUGGCCGACUUUUAUGCUUGGAAUCCGCAGGCCGCGCCGGACUGUGCCGGGCUGUGGUUGGACUAUUACGUCUGCUUGGGACGCUUGUAA